UUACGGGCAGGGUCGGUUGGAACUGUGGACCGUGUGGGUCAGGGACACACGCUGAAAUGUUGUCCAACAGAGGGACAGUCAGCAGGAAUAAGUCCACGUGUCGGUCAGAUUAGAAGAGGGCGGACAGAGCGUCCCGUUACCGGCUCAUUGAUUUGAAGAGGGAUGAAUGCUGACACAUCCACGCAGUCAGCGAAGGCGCGCGGUGGACGGGUCGGAGCGCGGGCAGAGUGAUGCGGUUCUGGGACCGGGGGGGGCAAUUCUACUUUCUACUGUGGAGGCUCAGAGCGGCAGCAGAAGCGGCAGCAGCGUGGGGGCUGAACACCUGGACCACAUUCGGAUAAUAUGUCUCUGCUGAAACAGCGGGGGAGAGAGCUCGAGCGGUUCGACGGACUGUCGCUCAUUUACUGAAGUUACCCGAGCUCUGGGACUACUUUCUGAUUUACAUCUCAGGAGCCCUAGAGUUUAAUCCUGACUGCAAAGACAUAGACCUGGGACUGUUUCCUCUCAGGAUGAACCCCACCAUUAAGACCAGGACACUAAUGGGUCCAUACGGAGUAGACAGAGCUGUUCAUUCCAUGGAGUUUACUGACUGUGAGAAUGGCCUGGGGAUUAAAGUGAUUGGUGGAGUGAAGGAGCUCACCGGAGAGGAGUUUGGAGUCUACGUCAAACGGAUUUUACCAGGUGGCCUUGCAUCAAAUGAUGGAAACCUGAUGCCAGGGGACCAGAUCCUGGAGGUGAACGGAGACAGUCUAGUGGGAGUCACAAGUGAAAGAGCCGUGGACAUCCUGAGAGCCGCCUCGGCCACCAAUCUAAUGCGCCUUCUCAUAGCCAGAGACGAGGAGGCAAAGAAAGAAUUUGCAGAGUUGCUGGAGAAGUAUGGAUCUAAUGGUAGCACAGGAUCAACGCGCAACUCUCCCAUACAGCAAGGAGGCCGCUACCUGGAAAGUACAUCAUCUGGUUCGUCGUCUCGCUCCCAGAGUCCUUUGCUGUUGAGCCCAGCGGGCUCUCAGAACAUGUACAACAAUAGUGGACCCAUGCUGCGCUCCCUCAGUCAUCCAGGGGAAGGAGUGAUCCAGCUCAUUUCAGUCCCGAGAUCCAGCGGUCUGGGCAUCACCUUAGGAGGAGGCUCCAACAGGCCCGACGGCCCCGCGGUCUUCAUCCAGGAAGUGCUGUCUGGGGGAGACUGUCACCGGGAUGGACGUCUGAGGCCCGGGGAUCAGCUCAUUGCCGUUAACAAGGAGUCCUUGAUAGGUGUGACCCACGAGGAGGCCAAAAGCAUGCUGAACAAAGUCAAAAGCAGUCAAGACAGUGCUGUGGAGAUAGCCUUCAUCCCUGGGAAAGGACUCUUCCCAAGCAGCACAUCUCUCCACAACGGGGUCCAGCGAGCCACAGGCAACAGCUCCGGGCGCUUAAAAGUCCACAUCAGAUCACCUGAGAUGUGUGCAGAGGAGCCCGCCCCCGUGUCCUCACCGUCUCCUGACAUCUGCCCACCAGAUAUCCAUAUUUCAGGUUCAGCCAGCCAGAGGUCGCCAACGGGGGCCAAACCUAAGAUAACGCUGGACCCUUACAUACGCCUCAAAUCAGACAAGUUAGACUUGGCUUUGUCCUAUCUCGGGUUGGAUGUCACAGAAGAGAAGAGGAAGAAGUUGAGACAGAGUCUGACAAUAGACCCACAAGGCACUGUGGCUUAUGGAGACUUGGUGGAGGCCACCCGGAACAUUUUCCAUGAGAACCUGGAGGAGCUGGGUCUAGGGGCGGGUCCCUUCAUGUUUUCCUAUCACGAAGCAGCUAGUUUGAUGGACACGUCCGCCUUCCACUCCCCCACAUAUGAGUCGGAGUGCAGCUACAGCAGUGAGGAGAUGGAGCAGUUCCAGACGGAGGUGAAGCAGCUGCAAACCCAGAUGAAGCAGCUCAAGGUGAUGCUGAAGGACAUGGAGCACAGCAAGAAAAGCCUGGAGGAGGAGCUGCAGAGGACCUCCGAGAAAGCAUGUCUGACUGUGGAGGAGAACGCCCUUCUGAAGAGUCGUCUGCAAGCAGCCGGGGCGGAGGCCGGGGCCGGGGCUGGGGUGUCUGGGGCCGGGGCUGGGGUGUCUGGGGCCGGGGCUGGGGUGUCUGGGGCCGGGGUUGCGGUGGCUGGGGCCGGGGCUGCAGGGGCCGGGGCUGCGGGGGCCGGGCAGCGGCUGGCCAGCAGUGCAGAGCAGGACUACGAGGAGGUGAUCCAGCUGCUGGAGGCUGAGAUCAGGGACCUGAAGAACCAGCUGGCCAACAAGAGGCAAGCACGAGGACUAGAGGCCACCAGGGAGGAGGUGCUGGAUCUGAACAGAAGGCUGACAACCGUCGACUGUCAGCUGAGGAAGUCGGAGCAGAGCAGGAGACACCUGGUGAUCUCCAACAGGAAGCUGCUGGGCUUCGCACAGAAUGUCCACAAAGUGCUGACGACACCCAGCCUGUUUGACGGCGGGAGCAACAGGUCGUCCCCGGCCACCGACAGCCCCGACACCCCGUCCCCCCUCCCCGACCCCGCCUUCCAGCUGGCUGUGGAGGCCAAAGAGCUGGUGGCAGGAGCCUGCUCCCCCCCCGCUGAGGACAACGUGUCAGUGAGUGCGUUGGAGGCAGCGCUGGCCCCAGAUGUCGAGCCUCAUCAUAUGUGAGCAGAGCGGGCCGAGAGAGGACCGGGGCAGGCUGGAGGAGCAGCUGAGCCCACCAUGGACCACACCACAAUACAGACUGGACUGGACCCCAUCCAAUACACCUCGUCAAAAUAAGAACUUCCACACAGUCACAUGAACACAACAAAGCCGAUGUUUUAAUGCCAAAGCUUGCUUACACGCAUCAAAUUAGUGUCUUCUUUUGAAAUAGUCCACAGUCUUUAUGGAGGGCUCAGCGGGGGGGGGGGUGUUGCACUAAGCCUGAACCCGAGGACUCGCGCCGGUCACCCAUCAGUACACAUGUCUUUGGGAGAAGUGCUCUGCCAAAUCAAAAAAUCAAAAGGCUGGAAUCCUAGGUUGUGUUACUCUGACAGGAGGUGGUGUUGGAGGCGCUGCACGCACACACGCACGCACGCACGCACGCACACACACACACAGAUAGACACACACACAAAGACAGAUAGACACACACAGACAGACACACAUACACACACACACACACACACACACACACAGACAUAGGGAUGUAACGGUAUGAAAAUUGAACCCCACGGUGACAGUGACCAAUAUUAUCACGGUUUUCAUUAUUAUCUCGGUAUUUUUGAAAGUGUGUUCAAUAUGUUCAGAAAGCACUUAUAGGCCAAAACAAACGGAAGUGUUCAUUAUAUUACAAAAAUAUAGGCAAUAGGUUGAGACGAGAACCAGAGAUGUCUGACUCUGAGAUCAGGAAGAUUUAUUUAUGACUUGAACAUGAAUAUAACCAGGAAGCGUCGCAUGUGAACUUGGAUGUGGUUCUGAAAUAUAAGCAAAUAAUAAUGCACAUUAAUAAGCCUCUGACUUACUAUCAACAUUAUUUACCAAAACUAAAUGUUAAAGCACCAGCAUAUAACAAGAAACAAUACUAAAAAUUACAUUAAUUUCUCUGUAUAAUUAACAUAAAUGUAACAUAUUGCACAGUAACACAAACUUAGAAUAGGCCCCAAGUAUUACAACACAUAUAUCCAUAACGGAGCAAACAGUGUAAUACACCUUUAAUAGUUAAGCACGUGGCUCCACAGGUAGUCUGUUUACUGGUGAUUGCACGUUGCUAGGAAACAACCUGAACAUUAACACGUGGCUGCACAAGUAUUAUUAAACAAUCUGCACAUUUAUCAGCUACGUAAUCAGAAACACGGCAAUAUUACCAAGGUGAUAAUAUCACGUCGUAACAUGGGCUAAACUUCCAUAUCUUAGCAGAACAUGCAGACGUGUAUAAAGCCGCUUUGUUUCCCAUAAAGCCCAGCUGCGGGGGGGGGGCGUUUAUUGGGAUUGUGAAGAUAACAGGGUUUCCAACCCACCGCGAUAAUACGGAUAUUAUAAAUGAAAAGGGUAAUUGUUACCGUCCAUAUUUCAUCGGGGUUUACCGUUACACUGGUACAUCCCUAACAGACACACACACACACACACAACCCACACUGCUGUAAACCAUGUUCAUAUUCCCUGACCCCCCCCCGCCCAGAUUGACUCUGUGGAUUGCAUGUUACAGGAGGACUGGUUAGCUUGGAAAGGACACUCCCGAGCUGCUCUGUUCUGCUGAGUCGUCCUCUGUGUCAUAGUAACCGGCCGCCGUCCGCCUCCGUCUCACAUCGCUCUGGGUUAUGAACCGUUGAGCAAAAAGUAAGACAGUGUCCCUUUUGUCCAUCUCGGUAACUCCUCGUGCCCUUAUUCAUUCAUGGAAGGCAAAGCCUGAAGUACUCCGAGCUGGACCGGCUUCAUACUGCAUGCUUGAUGUUGGCGAGUGGCUUUGAUGUUGCUGUAGCUCCCGCUGUGUAAACCUGUGUGUGGUAGUCACGGAGGCUAGGCUGACGUCAGUCAGAGGUCACAGGUGGAACGGUCAUCUGAUUCAUACAGACAGCUUUUCAAAAUCCUGACAUGUCCUGUACUUUAACAAGAUUGCAUCUCUGGUGUGGCCUCAUGUCUUUCUGUUACAGUUUUAUAUUAAAGGACUAAGUGCUGACUGGA